GAGGAAGCACGUGUCGUAUGUUUCGUUGGGUCCCAGAAUGGUUCUGUAAUUAUACUGUCCUGCUCUCUAAGAUCACUGCUUAAAAGGUAAAUUUAAUUGCAGUUUUGAAAUAUAUCCGGAUAGCUAAAAGGGAAAAAAAAAAACGUUACGAAACGACAUACAUGUUUGAUAAACAAAAUUCAAAUUAAACUUAUUUUUGUACGAUUCUGCUACCUUGAAAAAGAGAAGCAAGUGUUUAGUCGUUCACAUGGAUAUUUCUUAACUUUGUAAAGUCUCUUGUUGAUUAAAAAAAGUCUUUGUUAGCGUUUUCCCAACAUGGAUGUAAACGAUCCGACAGAAUCUACUUUUAAAGAUGUUAUAUUAACAGAAGUUAGAGAUACUAACGCGGAAUCAACGAUGGAUGUUCCAAGUAACACCGGAGAAAAUUAUAGCUUGGAAGAUGAUGAUACAACGGCAAAUGACGGUAAUGAUAAUCCGAGAAACGACGGUGUUAACGAAGUCUCUGUCACACCUUUAUCUAACAAAGAUGUUGAUAACAAGAAGAUUCACACAGUUGUUAACGAAGAAUCCGUUGCAGCAAGUGUUGCUGACGAAGAAAAUAUUGUUGAACAUGUUGUUAAUGAAGAGAAUACUCUUAAUGUUGGUAAGGAAGAGGGAAUUAUCAGCAAUGCUACCAACGAAGUUGACCAUUCGAAGACUGACAACCCGGUUACCAUGGGUGCAGAGAAGAAAUGUGAGACGUCGGAGCAGAAUGCAGCUAACGUGGACCUUCAUUUAGAUGCAAAUCACACAAUUUAUCGCUCCAGUAAUGUUGAUGACGAAUUGACUUCGGACAGUGAUAGCGAUUCCUCUUCAUCUCUUAGUUCUUCAUCGUCAAGCGACGAGGAGGAACCAACGAAACCAAAUGUGACAGAAAAAUGCCCAGAGGAGAAGAAAACUAUUGAAAAGCCUAAAGUGAAAGGAGAAUUAAGUAUUGAGGAUCUUCCUCCUAUUGAAGAACUGAAGAUAACUGCAGACGACAAUGUGGAGCUUGUAUGUGUUGGGUUGAUUUCCACUAUCAUAGACACACUUGUUGUAAUCCAGUCUCUUGAUUCGGAAACUUCUCCACUCAACGAUGACAGCAUAUUGUUUCUAGAGGACCGAACCUCCUUGGGACAGGUGUUUGAAAUAUUUGGUCCUGUACGGAACCCUUUGUAUUCUGUUCGGUUUAACACCACUCAAGAUAUCGAAGAAAAGGGUUUGAAAGUUGGCACAGAAAUUUACUAUGCCCCUAAAGAGAUGAAGUAUACAAACUACGUGUUUGUACAGGACUUAAUGAAACAAAAGGGUUCUGAUGCAUCUUGGGAACAUGACUUGGAACCUCCAGAAAAGUUCUUAGAUUAUUCUGACGAUGAACAAGAACGUUUGAUGAAGAAGAAUAAAAAGAAACCCCAUGAUGACAAUUCUGAAAGUGAUGAUGCGAACAAGGACGGUCAAAACCAGUCACGCCGAAAGAAAGAUUCCAACAAUCCAUUCUAUUUGAAAAAUAAAUCUCCAGUGACGCAGAAGAAUAGUAGAAACUACAAGAAGAAAUCUGAGGGUGUCAGUCAUCAAGGCCACCGAAAUGAACAAAAAUCCAGGCCACAACAAUCCAACAAUUGGCAUUCUAGUGCUUAUACCAGUUGGCCACCAAAAGAUCCAAAACCUCAAUCUUUUCAAGCCUCUAGCAAUAGGUUUCCAAACACCUUUGGCAACAGACCUCUAAAUCCAUCUAACAAUUGGUCCACAAAUCCGCCUAACCAGUGGCCCUCAAAUCCUGCAAACAGUUGGGGCCAAACUGGGACCAAUAACUGGCCUUCUACAAAUGCUCCUAACAAAUGGCCAAAUACUCCAAACAAUUGGCCUCAAGGUACUCCAAACAGUUGGUCUCAGAAUACCCCAAAUAGUUGGUCUCAGAAUACCCCAAAUAAUUGGUCUCAGAAUACCUUAAACAGUUGGUCUCAAAGUACCCCAAAUAACUGGUCUCAGAAUACCCCAAAUAACUGGUCCUCGAAUGUUCCAAACAAUUGGUCCCAAAAUAAUCCUAACACUUCAUUCCAAAAUACCCCAAACAGUUCAACUCAAAUGACCCCUAAUAAUUGGCCUGCACUGAAUAGUUGGACCCAAAAUAAUCCUAAUAGUUGGUCUCAAAAUACUCCAAACAUUUCAGCACAAAAUAUCCCUCAGGGCUCAUCACAAAUUAAUCCUAAUGCCUGGUCUUCAAAUUGGCCUACCAAUUGGUCUUCAAAUCCUUUUAGCGUUCCCCCACCAAAUACUUUGAAUAGCUCCUCCUCAAAUUCCACAAGCCAACCAUCUUCCACAAUCCCAAACAACCCACCUCCAAAUGCACCAAACUGGACUCAAAAUUCACAAUCAUCUUUUGCUCAGACACAAGGAUUUCUUCCCAAUAACAACCAGUGGCCUCCUCAACAAGCAGGCAAUGUUAAUUCUUGGACUAACAAACCAAAUUUUAAUUCCUAAAUACCAGAAGGCUCUCAAUCAACGAGCAACGAUGGAUGUAAUUUGCUUAAUAAAUAUCCAAGGUUCAGCUGCAUUCGUCUGAUCUUGCUUGAACAAA